GUGAAAAAGGAAGAAUAAUUAGGACCGAACUUGUGUCACAACAUGGCUGCUAACGAGGAUCAGGAGAUGGAGCUGGAAGCUCUGCAAUCAAUUUAUGAAGGGGAUGACUGCUUCAAGGAGUUGGGACCUACUUCUUUCCAAUACCGGGUUGGUGGCAAUGGUGAUCCCAAGGCCUUCCUUAUUGAAAUAUCCUGGCCUGAAACAUACCCAGAUGGCCCCCCAACCAUAUCAAUGAAUGCAUUUUUUAAUAAUCAGAUUUCUCCAGCUGUUAAACAAAGCAUACUAAACAAGUUACAGGAGCAGGUAGAUGCCAAUUUGGGCACUGCCAUGACUUACACACUGUUUGAGUUUGCCAAAGACAGCAAAGAAGAGUUAAUGGAAAACCAUCAGCCGUAUAGCAGUGCCGUUGCAGCGGGAAAUGAAACCACAAUAGAAACCGCAAUGCCAACUAGUAAGAUAAAAGAUAAAAAGGAGCAGCUGACAAAAGCCCAAAAGAGAAAAUUAGCAGAUAAAAUAGAUCAUAAAGGCGAGCUGCCUCGUGGGUGGAACUGGGUUGAUGUUAUUAAGCAUCUGGCAAAGACGGGGGGUUCCCUCGAGGAGGACUAGAAAGAACUUGGAAUCUUUUAAUACAUCAAACACCAACGUGAAGACGCCUUCUAUAGUUUCUUAUUUUACAACACUUAUUUAUUAAAGAGCUUAAAUGAUAUUUUCUAGAGCUCCUGUUUAAUAAACAGUGUGUCUUUUUACUAAAAUCA